GAAAAAACGCCCGUUAAAGAGCCGCGCCUUCGAGUUGCCGCUUUCGCCCUCCCGUUCAGCCUUCCCGGUCUGGGUCAGGGGAGUUCUCACGCGCUCAGGGAGCAGCGCGUUGCGCGAUUUGAACCUUCGCUCUCCCCGUACCCACCCGGAACACUCAGGAGGAAGCGCUAAAAUGGCGGCAGGAGGGGAAGUUUUGGGAGGAAGUGGCGGACGAGAUUCAGUAGUGCCUGAGAAUUAUAAAUGAAACAAUACUGCAAGGCUGCUUUUGCAUCAUAUUUCUUGGAUGAAAUUCAAACAUUUAUUUUCUUUGAAGUGGACAUAAUCCCUACUAGUCUGCUUACAUGUGUAGAUCAUUGCGUUACUGCGUUAGCCAUUGCCUGUAUGCAGCAAUGACAAGACUGGAAGAAGCAAAUCGAGAAGUGAACAUGCAUUCCUCUGUCCGCUACCUGGGCUAUUUAGCCAGAAUGAAUUUUUUGGCUGCAAUAUGUAUGGGUCUUUAUGUCAGGUGGGAAAAAACUGCAGAUGCCCUAAUACUCAUAAUUUUUAUCCUUGGACUAUUUGUUCUUGGAAUUGCAAGUAUACUUUAUUACUAUUUUUCAAUGGAAGCAGCAAGUUUAAGUCUUUCUAAUCUUUGGUUUGGAUUUUUACUUGGCCUUCUUUGUUUCCUGGAUAAUAAUUCUUUUAAAAAUGAUGUGAAGGAAGAAGCAACAAAAUAUUUACUUCUUUCCUCCAUAAUUAUAAGAAUAUUGUAUGCUUUGGUGCAGAGAAUAUGUGGCUGCAUUCAGCAUCGACCCACUUUACUAACAACAGUCGAAGUACUCGAGCUGGUUGGAUUUGCAAUUGCCAGUACAACUAUGCUGGUAGAAAAAUGCAUGAGUAUAAUUCUGUUGAUUGUGGCUUUAGCAAUGCUGAUUAUUGAUUUGAGGAUGAAAUCAUUCUUGGCAAUUCCAAAUUUGGUAAUUUUUGGAGUUCUUGCCUCUUUGUUAUUUUUUCCAUCCUUGCACAUACCAACAAAUCCAUUUGCCUUGGGAUGUUUUUUUAGUUGCCUAAUAGCUGAUCCCCUUCUUGAUGUUUAUUUCAGUGGACUUUCAGUUACAGAACGUUGGAAACCUUAUUUGUAUCGUGGUCGAGUUUGCCGAAGAUUUUCAGUAAUUUUUAUUGGACUUAUUGAACUGAUUUCUUUCAUCCUCUCAGCACUUAAGCUGGGUGAUUUGGAUCUCUGGUAUUUUGUAAUACCAGGCUUUUCCAUUUUUGGCAUUUUCUGGAUGAUCUGUCACAUCAUUUUUCUUAUAACUCUCUGGGGAUUUCAUACAAAACUUAAUGACUGUCACAAAAUAUAUUACACACACAGGGCAGAGAACAACAGCCUUGACAGAGUAAUGGCAUCUAAAGGAAUGCGCCAUUUUUGUUUAAUUUCAGAGCAACUUGUCUUUUUCAGCCUUCUUGCAACAACAAUUUUGGGUGCAGUAUGUUGGCAGAAAUCCAAUGGAAUCUUCAUGAGUGUUUUUUUGAUUGUCUUGCCCCUUGAAUCUAUGGCUCAUGGGUUAUUUCAUGAACUGGGACAGUGUUUGGGAGGCACAUGUGUUGGCUAUGCGAUUGUGAUCCCUACCAAUUUUUGCAGUCCUGAUGGCCAACCAACAUUGCUUCCACCUGAGCAUGUGCAAGAGCUAAAUUUGAGGUCAACAGGCAUGCUUAAUGCGAUCCAAAGGUUCUUUGCGUAUCAUAUGAUUGAGACUUAUGGUUGUGAUUAUUCCACAAGUGGACUUUCAUUUGACACAUUACAUUCUAAACUAAAGUCUUUUCUUGAACUUCGGACAUCAGAUGGACCUAGGCAUGAUACCUAUAUAUUAUACUACAGUGGUCAUUCUCAUGGCACUGGGGAAUGGGCACUUGCAGGUGGUGAUUCAUUACAGCUCGAUACGCUUUUAGAGUGGUGGAGAGAGAAGAAUGGCUCCUUUUGUUCGCGGCUUAUUAUAGUAUUGGACUGUGAGAAUGCGCAGCCUUGGGUUAAAGAAGUAAGAAAAAUCAGUGAUAUGUAUAUUGCAGUGCAAGGAGCAGAACUGGCUAAAGUAGUAGACAUAGAAGAAGCAGAUCCUCCACACCUUGGUGAUUUCACUAGAGAAUGGGUUGAAUACAACUGUAACUCUGAUCACAAUAUCAGCUGGUUUGAAAAGGGGCGUACUGUGAAAGCUGUGUAUGGAGUGUCAAAAGGGUGGAGUGACUAUACUUUACAUUUGCCAACUGAAAGUGAUGUUGCCAAACACUGGAUGAUGUAUUUUCCCCGCAUCACAUACCCAUUGGUUCAUCUUGCAAACUGGUUCUGUGGGCUUAAUCUCUUCUGGAUUUGCAAAACUUGUUUUAGGUGCUUAAAACGAUUAAAAAUGAGUUGGUUUCUUCCCACAGUAUUGGAUACAGGACAAGGCUUCAAACUCGUCAGAUCUUAAUUAAGAACCAGAAGUGAGAGCUCUUACAACUUGAAACAGGACUGACGUGUAACUCUUUUAUUUGUCACAUUUUACUUUUUGAAGAAAUGUUGCUACUUUUGUAGCUAUAUUCCUUUUUGUAUUUUCUUGAGCAAAUACAAGAUUUUGGAAGAAUAAGAAACUCCAUUAGAAAACAAAGACAGUGUAGAUGUUAAGUGAAAUUUGUUCCCAAAUUGGAUUUCAAUUCCAUAAAAGCCAUUAAAUAUGACCAUAGACUUGAGAGACAGCUUUGUGUGCUUCUUUGCAUUGCAGGCUGUCUGAUAUAAAUUGGCAAAUUUCACACUUAUUACCGUUGGAUUCCUGUAAUGUUCUGAAUACUCCAAAGGGCAAAUGUAUCCACUUCAGCCCUAGGUCAUUGGAAGAGAGACUACUGAAUCAUGGUCACAUUUUGUUUUGAAGGGUUUCAAAAUGUAAAGUGGCAAAGAACUAAAAUAAAUUAAGAAGUUAUGCCAGGUAGAUAGCUAUAAGGCUAUUGGCACUUUAAUUCAUGUUGAAGUGAACUAAAGUGAAUGUUACAUUUUUCCAUGAAACAUUUAUGUGCAGAUAGUAGAAUAGGAGCCUCACAUCCUAAUCCUAGAUAAACAUACAUGGGAGUAACUGUUACUGAUGUCAGUGGAGCUUAUUCCCCAGUAUUCUUAGGAUUGCAGCCAUAAUGUUUCAUCUUGGAAAUGAUGCUGAUAUGAAUUUUUGAAUAUUUCAAGCCUUAAUUAACACAACAACAUAAACAAGUUCUUGGGUUCAGUUUUGCUGAAUUCAGCAAGGUUAAACUGAUAUUUUUCUCUGAUUUUCAUUGGAGGAAGCAAAGCAAUUUUUUGGAUUAUAUGUUUUUCCUCACACUGAAACACACUGAUUUUAAUUAAAAAAUACAUUCUUAAGCUGCAGAAUCUUUUUCCCUGUGGAGCUAUAAAAUAAUUGAGUAACAGCUAAGAUCCAGACAUUAAAAUUUGAGAUAUUUUCAGUUCAUUUUUUCUUGGUGUUCAAUUUUUAGUUCUAAUUAUUCACAGAAUACUAAUUACUCAUACAACAGUUUUAUAACUAUAAAAUGAAUAUAAAGUAUCCCCACAAAUCCAUUUAAUGUUUCUAAUUAUGGGAAUUAAGUGGCAUGUUUUCACUUCUCUUUUACUGUAUAAAAAGUACAGCACAAUGAAAGCAUAUAGACAAAGUUUGUCAUCUCUGGAGAUAAUAGGAUAUAAUCUGCAUUCUUACCUUAAGUUUUUAAAUGGAAAUCUGUUUUGUAAUUAUUGAUUACAGUAUUUUACUUUAAAGUUUUGUCAAGUACUAUAAAAAUAGAGUCACAAUGCAUUAAGCCACUCCUAUAUCUAGCCAAAUUACUAUUAGUUACAGAAUUUUAAUUUAAAAUGUGCACUAACAGUAAUGGUACAGCCAAAACCUCACUAAUUGUACUUUUUCUACUUAAGACACCUUUCUGUCUAACAUAGACACAAACUAUCUGUCAUAGUUUGACAGAUUCAGGAAUUGGGGAAAAUUCUUUCUCUUGCAUUGCAUAUUCCAUUCAACAGUAAUGGUCUGCAGAGACCUAUGCCCCUAAGUAACCAUUUGCCAAAAGAGAACAUUCAAAGUACAGGUAACAUCAGCUACAUGUUCUUCAACCAAUAACAACAAAUAAGGCAUUCUGUGAUGAUUACAUCAAGAUGAGACUAUAGCUAAAAAUCAGGAGUUUUUCUAAAACAAGUUCUGUGCAGAUGCCAGAAUAUGAGACUAACCCAGUUAUUGAGUAAAUCAAUCAUGAUUUUAAAUAAUAUUAGAGAGGUAAAUAGGCCUAAAUGAGAUCACAGUAUUUUUGUCCUAAAGUGCAGUUUCAGCCAAAAAAUCAGUUUUAUUUCAAAUUAUUAGGACUUGCUUAACACUAUGCUGAGCAGUGAGAAAAAAAUACCUUGAAAGUGAUUUCUGACACUAGUUAUUAUUUAAAAUAUUGUUUUAGAAUAUAGUAUUCCCAUGCAGUAAUUGUCUUAGCUCAUUACAUUUCAUUUGUUCUUUUUAUACACAUUUCCUAUAACAUGCAGGUUCUGAUGUCUCCAAAUAAUUUGCAUCUAAGUGGAGAGUAUAUUAAUUAUAUCUGUAAAAGGAAUAAGCCAUUUUGUUGAUCUUAUAGCUACAUUCUUUUCUCAGCAUUGUGAAUAUUUUUGUUCAAUUGUUUUAUUUGGAUUUUUUGAGGUUUUGGUAUGCUAAAAGUGAUUAAGCCUGAAUUUACUGUCAGCAAUGAAUAACAUUCUUCUUGGAAAAAAAUCCUUAUUACCAUUUUUUAUUGAACUUAUACUAUAAAAAUAUUAUUUAUAUACACAUGGCUCUUUUGUAUGAUGCUUUUACAUUUUUAUCUAAGUCUAUAUUCAAGCAUUUAAUUUUAUUUAUUUUUUAUUAAACUUAAUUGGAUUGGGUAGAAUUGACAUAAAUUGAUCUUCUUCCCCGCGUUUGGGGAGCAUGUAGCUAGGCAAAGAGAGAUGUAAUAACUUCUUGGUUAUUUUAUUUUAAUAGGAUCUUGCCUUUUCCUUUGGCAAUCUUUUCUUCAGCAGAACAGCACCUAUGGUUAAGAAUUGUUCUAACAUCUGGUCAAUUCUGCCUCCCUGCCAGUGGGAUGUAUUUUAACUUUUGGAAUGAGGAAACAUGUAUAAAAUUAAUACUGGUUUUGCCAUAAAUUAAGCUGGUUUUGUAGCAGCCUUUAAUUUCUCUGUAUUUCCUAAUACAAUGCCUAACCAUAUGGAAAAUAUUUCUAAAUCAGCCACUUAAUAACCAACUUUUUUGAAAAACUUAGCUGGGUUUUGAAUACAAACUUGAUUUAGUCAUGUUCAUUAAAUUCAGAAUGAAAAAUCUUGCACUUGAGUAUCUUAAUAUAUACAACAUUUAUACAAUUUCAACAAAUAACAUUUAGUGCACGAUUCAGCAUAUUCAGAACACCCCAGAAUGAGAAUAAAACACUAGAAAGUUACAGUGUUCAGAUCAUUAAUAUUAAUGUUUUGGAAAAAUAUAAUUUUCUCACCAUGAAAUCUGAGGAAAAAAUCUAGUUGAAAAUGUAGUAAAUUAAUUGUAGUGUCUGAAUUUCAGAAGCAGAUUCUUAGACAAGAGAAAUUCAUAUCUCUUUCUUGUAUUUAAUAUAUAUCUUCUGUUGGGAAUCAGGAAAAUGUUCUUUCCUUUGUUGGAAAACAUCAGAAAUAGGGAAUUGCAAUAUGUUGCAACAAAGUUUUAAUUGGUGGUUUUUUCUGAGCUAUACUGUACAAGAUAGCAAGCAGCUACGCGAAUAGUAAUACUGGUGCCAGGGAAAUAUUGUUCCUAUUUUGAUUAUAAACAGAGAAACCUAGGUCCUUUGUUAAAGAAAAUCAUACACAUAGGAGAUUUUUAAAAAUAAAUUCAAUAGUUAUUGGAAGUCCUAUGCUUCGAAAAGUUGCUACCAAACCAUUUUUUGUCACCAUAGACUUAACACAACUCUCCUCCUACUGCAUGAACUGGGUUUCUAGUAAAAGGGGGGAGUGUUUUGCACUCAUACAGAAUGCUUGGACACACUCUUUUUUGCUAAUGGGAAGUUACCAUAGGAGAAAUUUGAGACUCUGGAAACUCUGGUGAGUGUAAACGACACUCAGUACUGUGGUGCUGAGAAUCUUCACACUGCAUCAAUCCAGCAGGAGCUUCAAAGCCAGAAAGGUAGGCUGAGAAUGUGUAAAGCAGUAGUAGCAAAGUCUGACACAAAGGAUUAAGUUGAUGUCCCCUAAGGUAGUGCUUUUAAAACGGGUAGGCCAAAACCAAACCAAUUACAUGCUGGCUUAAUGCAUGCAAUAUGUGACUAUUUCAAUGUGGACAUGCAGCUGGAAGCACAAAGGUAUGUUUUGCUUUAAAAAAGGAUAUAAUGAAGUGAUUAUCCCUUUAUUCAAGAUUAUACUGUGUGAUCAAUGUAAUGUAUUUAGAAUGACUUUCUCUUUUUUGUUAUUAAGUUGGGCAAAAUACAGCAAACUUUAUAAGGAAUUAAAAUGUAUCCAGUAGAUGAUUCACAGAGUGUAUUAAACCAUAAUGUGAUUUCUUUCAUUUUAGCUUAGUGUGUUGUAUAAACCCUGCCUUUGCAGCUUCUUCAACCAAUCAUGGAUUUUAAAAAGGUAGUUUAAGUCAGUACAGUGUGUGAGCAUGGCAAAUCUGUAUUUCCAAAUACUGGUGUUAAUUUAAUCACUCAUCAGAUUCAAAACAAAUUCAAUGUCAUGUUUAGGCUUUUCCUAAAAGAGGGAAUGAUUUAAAUAAGUGUAACACUAACUGUUGCUAUAUUUCUUUUGGAAAAUGUUCUUACUCUAAAAUUGCAACAUGAGUAACAAGUGGUUGUUCACCAGAGAACAGCAGCCUUUAUGUCUGCUUUUGUUUAUACCCCCUAAAUUUAAUGUUGGUAAUUUAAAGCAGCAGGUUCUCAUCUCUGCACCAUAUCUUGUCUAUGCAUUUAAACUGCAAUAUUACUGUUUGUGCCUACGAACUUUGUUGAGCAUCUUACAUGUUCAUUCAAAAGAGGGGGGAAAUCCUAAACAUUCUGAGUAUAAUACAAUAUUGUGGCCAAUAGGUAGAUGGCUUGUAUAAAAUGAGUUGGAUACCAGUGUCUUCAGUAAAUUGAAAUCUAUUGAUUUUACUCUGCCAUGUGCGAUUUAGUUUUUUUGCAUUUGGUUAUAAUGAAAAAUAUUACAACAUUCAUAAAAGCUAAAGCUAGUAAAUUUAGUAAAAUUAUGUCAAUGAAUAUUUCAUUUUACUUCCAACUUCAUUUUGGGAGAGAAACUGUCUUGGUCAUUAUGUUAGACUGUCUUACUGGGAGUUACGAACAGGUUUGGAUCUUGUGGACUGCCCUGCAUUUCCUGGGAACCUGUAGUACUGCUGCCCAUGCUGUCAUUGUGGGCCAACUUUCUGAGAUGCGAAUCAGUAACACUGAGCACUGGUGAUUUCCAAAUAAAACAGAUUACUGCUCUGCCCUGUAACAUGUGUUCUGUAGGUUUCUCUUAUGCUAUUUAUCAUCUACACCAAACAACUGUUAAAAUUCAUUCAAAACUUGUGUGUGCUAUAUACUGUAGGUAAUCCCCAAGUUAAGAAGGCUCAGGUUACAGACAACCCAUAGUUAAGAACGGAGCCUAUUGUAGCAAAAUUU